AUGAGCACACAAAGCACACAACUCGAGCAGUACAGGGGCAGGGAAACCGAUGAUUAUUCAAGUGACUCAGAUGUCUAUAGUGAUAAUAUAUCUGAAUGUGAAUCAGAAAAUUGCAGUGAUUAUGGUUCCGACUAUGAGCCAGAUAUUGAGACCAGUACUAUUAAGUCUCCGUUAUCCCAACCCCCUAAAGUAGAAGAACAAAAAUUCAAUAAGACAUAUAUUUUACGGCAGGAAAAAUUCAAUGAUAAAUUUACAAAAAAAGACUUACUAAAUAAAAUCUGCGAAAUUGCCUCCUCACCUGCUAGAGAUAUGUCAAACAUUAAAGGCUCAUUGGAAGAUGUAUAUUUAUGGGACUAUCUCUUACCUAAUUAUAGAGCAAAAGAAGGAAUCAGUCUGCUCGAUGCGUACACAUGGGAAGAAUUGGUUGAUAGAUUAGUCAUUCAAGUAGAGCAAGAGGAUUAUUACAAAUACUCAGUUGUAGAUGAUAUUUCAGAAGUAUAUAGUUUAUCUGGAAUACAUGAAUGUAUUAAUGGGCAAUGA